AUGAGCUUCCCCGAGAAGCCGCUGCCCCGGCAGCAACCGCAAUCAUCCAGACAGCCCGGCGUGCGGCUGAGGGUCGAGAAGAUCCGGGACAAGGCCUUACAAACCCAGCUUAUUUAUGCUAACGUUGCCGGCGUCAGCUACCGAGACUUCGCCCCAAGCCGUGACGGCGCCGACAUCAACAUCCUCAUUCGAGCCAGAGACCCUGUCCGCGGAACCGUACGAGAGAAUGUCGUCCGGGCUAGGCCAACACCUGAACUUCCCGAAGGCACCAUCAGUCUUUCUGACCCGCAGCGACAAUGGCUCAAGAUUGGAAUGACGGAUACCUUCGAGGGUGAGGUCUACGAUGCCAGCAGGCAAGGGGCUACCCCCCUCGAAGCGAUGGACCUAGAGCUGUCUUGGGCGUCGAUGAAGAGAGACCCCAACUACGAGUUCACACACGAGUACUUGGCCAAGGUCUUUGAGCGCUUCUUCCAGAUGCACUUCUUCGCCCCUGGCCAGCGCACCCUGCUAGACAUUGAAGGCCUGAAGGUGUUUGCUACUGUCAAAACCAUCACUUUCCAGGGUGGCCGCGGACCCGAAGCUGUCGUCACAUCCUCGGACCCUUCUGCUCGUGGGUUCUACCACACUGCGACGCUUCUGUCCUUCUUCAAGGCUGCCGACUCUGAAUUAAAGCUUCAAGUCGGUGAGCACCAGGGCAACGCCAACCCUAUCAUCUCGCCAGACUUCAAGUUCGAGGACAUGGGUAUUGGUGGUCUCCACGACGAAUUCUCCACCAUCUUCCGCAGAGCUUUUGCUUCCCGUGUCUUCCCCCCGCAAUUGGUUGCGAAGCUAGGUAUCCAGCACGUCAAGGGUAUCCUGCUUUUUGGCCCUCCUGGAACCGGAAAGACGCUUAUUGCCAGACAAAUCGGCAAGAUGCUCAACGCCCGUGAGCCCAAGAUUAUCAAUGGCCCUGAAGUGCUCAACAAGUUCGUCGGUCAAUCCGAAGAAAACAUCCGAAAGAUGUUCGCCGAUGCUGAAAAGGAGUACAAGGAGAAGGGUGACCAGAGUGGUCUUCACAUUAUCAUCUUUGAUGAGUUGGAUGCCGUUUGCAAGCAGAGAGGUUCUGGUGCUGGUGGCGGCACUGGUGUUGGUGACAGUGUUGUCAACCAGCUUCUUACCAAGCUCGAUGGUGUUGACCAGCUCAACAACAUCCUGCUCAUCGGUAUGACCAACCGAAAAGACAUGAUCGAUGAGGCUCUCCUGCGUCCUGGUCGUUUGGAGGUGCAGCUGGAAAUCAGUCUGCCCAACGAAGAAGGCCGCAAGGAGAUCCUGAUGAUCCACACUGCCAAGAUGCGGGACAACAACAUUAUGGACCCCAAGGUUGACCUUGCAUCACUGGCAGCUCGCACCAAGAACUACUCUGGUGCUGAGAUCUCUGGUGUCGUCAAGGCAGCCACUUCGUUUGCUUUCAACCGCCAUACGGAAGUCGGCAACAGCGCCAAGAUGAAGUCCGACGUCUCCGCAAUGAAGAUCACCAUGGACGACUUCGAGAACGCGCUGACCGAGGUCAAGCCCGCCUACGGUGUUUCCGAGGACGAAAUUUCAAACGCUCUUGGCAUGGGAAUUCUGCAGUUCAACGAAAACAUCGCGGCCAUUAUCCGUACAAUGAUGGGCUACAUUGACACAGUCAAGGAAUCAGAUGUGCUCACCAGGAUUCCGGUCCUUCUUCAUGGACCACCCGAGUCCGGAAAGACAGCUUUGGCCGCUCACACUGCCUCGUUGUCUGACUUCCCUUUCGUUAAGCUCGUCUCGCCCCAACACCUGACUGCUUUCCGGGAUGAGUUUGGAAAGAAGGACUACCUCACCAAGGUUUUUACCGACGCCUACAAGUCGGAGCGAAGCAUCGUGAUCUUGGACAACUUCGAGCAGCUGAUUGAGUGGAACCCGAUUGGUCCCCGCUUUUCCAACACUGUACUCGACAGACUAAUUUCCCUUAUUCAGACACAACCUCCCAAGGGUCGACGUAUCCUCAUCAUGGUUACGACUUCGGAACGCUUCGUCCUUAGCAACCUAGGAGUUCUCAAGCACUUCCGCAGACAGAUUCCGGUGCCUGCCGUCUCAGACGUUCGCGAACUUGCGUCGGUCUUGAACCAGACGGGCAUGUUCGGUGGAAACGACAUCCAGACCGUCAUCGGAUCCGUACAAAAUGAUACCCGGUCUGAUAAGAUCGGUCUUGGUAUCAAGACGAUUCUGGAAUCUAUUGAGGAGUCUAAAGUUGAGGCAUCUUCGCAAGGCACCGAUAUGUUGGAGAGUGUUGCAAACAGAAUUGUGACGGCCAUCUCCUCCAAUGCCCUCGACGGCUAG